AGGCUAUAAGCUUCUUCAUGCUAACUGUUCAGCGACGAAGAUACUGUUGCGGCUGCUUGGGAGUCUGGUAACUCAAACAUCUGGCUUCUAAGUAGCUAUAUGGCACACGACCAUGGCGACCAGCCACCAAAUCGCCUGGUGAGGGAAAUUGUGUGUGAGGCAGAUAGGCGACACAUUCCGCUUCUCAUGGGUGCAGAUGCAAAUGCGCACCACACGGUCUGGGGAAGCUCAGACAUUAACUCAAGAGGUGAGUCUCUUUUAGAUUUUCUAUUAGAUAAUAACCUAGUAGUAGUAAAUAGAGGUUCAGAACCCACUUUCAUAGUUGCAAAUAGAAACGAGGUACUGGAUAUAACGGUUGUGAAUGCAAACCAUAUUGACCUAGUUCAGGGUUGGAAGGUCUCAAAAGAAUGCUCCUUCUCUGAUCACUGCUAUAUAGAAUUCGAAAUAGUGGUUCAGGCAAAGAUUAUAAAACCAUUUCUCAAUAGGAGAAAGACGAACUGGGAGGUACAUAAAGCGACCUUGACUGAUAUUCUUCCUACUGCUCCGACGAUAGAAAGUAGAAGUGACAUUGAUUUAGCCGUUAACUGGAUCUCAAGCUCUAUUAGUGUAGCCACAAAAAGGGCUUGUAGAUUAUCAAAUGGUAUGCUUAAGGGCAAACCCCCUUGGUGGGAUCCCGAAAUUGCGAAAACUCGAAGGUUAUGUCGUAAAUUAUUUAACGAGGCAAAGAGAUCUGGUAACUGGUCUCUUUAUAAGUCAAAAGUUAAUGAAUUUAAAAAUCAGGUACGAAGUGCGAAACGUAGCUCCUGGAGAAAAUUCUGUAGUUCUAUAGAAAAUUCGUCAGAUACGAGUCGUCUUCGUAAGAUCCUGUCUAAAUCUCCUUCCGUCCCAAGCUAUAUACAAAAAGCGGACGGAAAUUGGACUGCAGGUAGUCAAGAGACACUUGAGCUUCUCUUGAAUACUCACUUUCCUGGUUGUAUCCCAACUGGUGAAUCAAUUGCAGAUAAUCAGCACGGUAUUGAACUAGAUAAUACUGCUGAAGAUGUUAUGAUAGAUGAUGACAUCAUUCGCUGGGCAAUAAGGAGUUUUGACACCUAUAAAUCUCCGGGCCCUGAUGGCAUUAUUCCAGCGGAUCUACAAAAUAAUUUAGAUCGUAUCAUUCCCUGGCUAAAUCAAAAUCAACAAGAAAUGAGACACAAUACUUUUACGAACAAUAGUCAAAAUAGACAAGAUAAUUCAGGAUUUUUUAGUCGUAAUUUAAAUACACGUACAUCUCAGCAAACGAAUAUUAGUAGUCAGUCAAUGGAUGUUGAUAAUAUUCAAACAUCAAAUUUUCAAUUAUUGGCCGAAGAUCUCUUCCCUGCAUAA